GAGGAAGUAAGACGUAAAUCGUGUUUCGUGUCGGAAGGUUCACGAAAUCUAGGUUUUGUAAGUGCAUUAUAGUAGGAGCAUAUUCGCAGUCAGCUACCAAUCACCCUAGAGCUGCGUAAUUGACAGAAGAACGAACGGAUUUUGUUUGCGAUGGCUAAAAUGAACAUUGCGGUCGUGCUGGGAUUUGUGCUUGUGGCAUCAGCUGUUGCGACGGACCACAGUGCUAACGAUUGUGAAGUUAACAUUGAAGAAUGUUCUCCGACGUAUUCCAGCUUCCUAUCGCGAGCGGGAAAAACGAUUGAGAAUGACCUGAAGCUUUACGCCAGCCAACUAGUGGACAAAUCUUUCCACUUUUUGAUGAUGUCGUCAGCGUUUAACAAGCACAGCCUGGACCGACCCGGUUUUGAGAAAUUGUACCGCAAAAUAAGCGACAAAGCAUGGGAGGAUGCUAUUGAUUUGAUUAAGUAUCAGAGUCGCCGUGGUUCAUUCGGACAUCUAGUUCAACCUAGCAAGGGUGAGAAUUACGGUAAAGUUUUGGACGUGCAGGAGCUCAGCUCGUUGCAGUUCGCUCUGGACUAUGAAAAGACCAUGGCCAAGGAAGCUCAUGCCAUCCAUCGUAAGAUCUCUCAUGCCCACUCGAAGGCUGGUUCAAAUGGAUCCGACGAUGUUUACUACUACGAUCCGGAUGCAGCUCACUACUUGGACGAAAAGCUUAUCGAGGAUCAGUCCGGUGUCGUUCGUGAUCUGGCUGGUUACAUUCAUAACCUGAAACACUUUACCAGCCAGCAGGACAAGGCUGGAGAUUUGGGCAACCACUUGUUUGAUGAAUACUUGGAGAAAACUGUAUAAAAAUCAAUAGUAUAAGGGAGCCAAGCAUUGAUGUAUUCCAUUAGGUCCGCUACACUCCCUGUGAUUUAUUUUCCUCUAUAAUGGUUGCAAUAAACAGAAAAUCAAAUAUGUGAUUCGAAA